ACUGUCUUCAGGCACUCACAUCUUAGCUUCUCUUUUCUACUACUAGAAUGCUGUGAGCCGAGACAUUUCUCCAACUGUUGCACUUGACAGCUUACUAGUUACAGCUAUAAUCUUCAUUCAAGCAAUAAGAAUUAUUUUCAGACUGCAUUGUGAACUGUGGGCUCACUUCUCAGCAUGACAGUCAGAGUUUUACUUUUCACCCUCUGCUUUUCUGCCUUGAAGAUGGAGCUUGUGCAGUUUCCUGCUUUAUUGAUUAUCCAUGAUGGAGAAAAUGCUAUACUUAACUGUUAUGCCAUUAAGAGUGGCACAUCAAGUAAUGAAGCUACCUGGUUUGUUGAAAAGCACAAUAGCUGUUUUCAGAUUGUAACUGCAGGAGGGCGGUUUCAUACAGAAACCAACAACAGUACCUUAAAUAGUUCUUUAGUAAUUAAUGGAGUGAAGAAGGAAGAUUCAGGAAGAUACUACUGUGCACGCUGUACAGUUGUAAGUGCCAUGUUUGGAAAUGGAUCAAAUCUGAUAGUCAGGGCAAGAGAACCUUUUAUAACUGUGUUCAUUGGGAAACUUCAGUCCAGCAGUACAGUGAAGCUAGUUUGUUUGGUGUGUGAUCUUCCUUCUGAUGAGGUGUCUGUCUCUUGGACUUCUGCAGGAAAAAUUAUACGUUUGUUAACUUCUGUCAAGAAUGAUUCAUGUCAGACUUUUGGUACCUGCAAGUAUAUAAAGGCAGUGACAGAAUCGCACAAUGAUGUAGUUGCCUAUACGUGUACCGUGGAAUUUGAAAAUGGAAAGAACUUCAAUAAAAGUGUAACUAUAAAGAGAGAAUGUCCUGGACAUUGGCUGUCAUUUAUCCUAACCUGCGUCUUAAGACCAAUUGUUUUUCUUCUCAUCUUGGUGGUAAUAGGUGGUAUCUACUGCAAGAAGAAGCAUGAAAACAGUACCAGCUCUUCAAGAAAUGUUUCAUUCUGACAAAAAUGUUCUACUGCUAUGAGAAAUUUUAUUCACCAUCCAUCAAAGACAGAGAUAGAACCAACUCAGAAAAUCUCAAUGAAAAGUUCAAUUUGAUAGAUUUGAAACAUGUUGCUUAUGUUGUCUACAGCUCACGGAGAAAAAGCAGUUUUCCGGUGAUAUGUUUGUUAUAUGUAUUUCAUUACGACUAACAGAGAGCCUACAAAUGGCCUUUGCAUAAUGUGUUAAAUAAAGCUAACU